AAGGAGAAUGGCUUUUUCGCAACGGGUUUGCCGCCAGGACACAGGUGUCGUGAAAACCACCGUUAAACCUAAGCCAAAAUGGGAAAGGAGAAGACCCACAUCAACAUCGUUGUCAUUGGGCACGUAGAUUCAGGGAAGUCUACCACGACUGGCCAUCUGAUCUACAAAUGUGGCGGGAUCGACAAGAGAACAAUUGAAAAGUUCGAGAAGGAGGCUGCCGAGAUGGGAAAGGGCUCCUUCAAAUAUGGCUGGGUCUUGGACAAACUUAAAGCUGAACGUGAGCGUGGUAUCACCAUUGAUAUCUCCCUGUGGAAAUUUGAGACCAGCAAGUACUAUGUUACCAUCAUUGAUGCCCCAGGACACAGAGACUUCAUCAAAAACAUGAUUACAGGCACAUCCCAGGCUGACUGUGCUGUCCUGAUUGUUGCUGCUGGUGUUGGUGAAUUUGAAGCCGGUAUCUCCAAGAAUGGGCAGACCCGUGAGCAUGCCCUUCUGGCUUAUACCCUGGGUGUGAAACAACUAAUUGUUGGCGUUAACAAAAUGGAUUCCACUGAGCCACCCUAUAGCCAGAAGAGAUACGAAGAAAUUGUUAAGGAAGUCAGCACCUACAUUAAGAAAAUUGGCUACAACCCCGACACAGUAGCAUUUGUGCCAAUUUCUGGCUGGAAUGGUGACAACAUGCUGGAGCCAAGUGCUAAUAUGCCAUGGUUCAAGGGAUGGAAAGUCACCCGUAAGGACGGCAAUGCCAGUGGAACCACCCUGCUUGAAGCUCUGGAUUGCAUCCUGCCACCAACUCGCCCAACUGACAAACCCUUGCGUUUGCCUCUCCAGGAUGUCUAUAAAAUUGGUGGUAUUGGUACUGUCCCUGUGGGUCGUGUGGAGACUGGUGUUCUCAAACCUGGCAUGGUGGUCACCUUUGCUCCAGUCAAUGUAACAACUGAAGUGAAGUCUGUAGAAAUGCACCAUGAAGCAUUGAGUGAAGCCCUUCCUGGGGACAAUGUGGGCUUCAAUGUCAAGAACGUGUCUGUCAAAGAUGUCCGUCGUGGCAAUGUGGCUGGUGACAGCAAAAAUGAUCCACCCAUGGAAGCUGCUGGCUUCACAGCUCAGGUGAUUAUUUUGAACCAUCCAGGCCAAAUCAGUGCUGGAUAUGCACCUGUGCUGGAUUGUCACACAGCUCACAUUGCUUGCAAGUUUGCUGAGCUGAAGGAGAAGAUUGAUCGUCGUUCUGGGAAAAAGCUGGAAGAUGGCCCUAAAUUCUUGAAAUCUGGUGACGCUGCCAUUGUUGAUAUGGUUCCUGGCAAGCCCAUGUGUGUCGAGAGCUUCUCUGAUUAUCCUCCCCUGGGCCGUUUUGCUGUGCGUGACAUGAGACAGACAGUCGCUGUGGGUGUCAUCAAAGCAGUGGACAAGAAGGCAGCUGGAGCUGGCAAGGUCACCAAGUCUGCCCAGAAAGCUCAGAAGGCUAAAUGAAUAUUAUCCCCAAUACCUGCCACCCCAGUCUUAAUCAGUGGUGGAAGAACGGUCUCAGAACUGUUUGUCUCAAUUGGCCAUUUAAGUUUAAUAGUAAAAGACUGGUUAAUGAUAACAAUGCAUCGUAAAACCUUCAGAAGGAAAGGAGAAUGUUUUUGUGGACCAUAUGUUUUGUGUGUGGCAGUUUAAGUUAUUAGUUUUUUAAAAUCAGUACUUUUUAAUGAAAACAACUUGACCAAAAAUCUGUCACAGAAUUUGAGACCCAUUAAAAAAAGUUUAAUGAGAAAAAAAAAAAAAA